AACAAUUAUCACGAACGAAAUAAUCGAAUCUUUUGACCAUUUGUCUUACUCUGGUCUUUGUUCUUUUUAGUGUUGGCUCUUUUAAACCCGUGAAAUUCUCGCGCUGACGUGAGAAUGCCAACCGAAAAGAAAGAAUAACAUGAGGAUUUUAUUUAACUCUAGAAGAACCUCAAUCGCGAUAAAUCAAUCAAACAUUUUCAGCCAUGUGUUAAAAUGCCAAUGAAAAAUUUAACGUCCUGUCUUAUUUGUCGGGAACGAACUUCAUUCAAUACUUUUAUAACCUUACGCUAAAUUUUAAUGGUAAAUAUUUUAAACUAUUUAUUAUGUCUGAUAAAUUUUAUGAUGACCUCUGGUUGGAAGCAAAAAAAGAAAUAUCAAAAUUAGUGGCCCAAGAUAUUGCGGCCCAAGAAAACGAACUGACUGAAGAAGCUGCGCUGAAAAAAUUAAUGCCGAUUUAUUUGAAAUAUCGUAAAGUUACAAAAACUCUGCUGUUGUGUUAUGAACAAACAAUCCAGAGCCAAAAGAGAGAAAUCAUUGAGAAAUUUGUUGGGUGUUCAAUCGGCCGGAUGCUUGAGUACAAGAGAGAAAUUGUGAAACUGAAUUGCUCAGAAUAUGAGUGCCCAGAUGACCUGCUAAUUAAAAGUAAAUGGACGCCAAACGAUAUUGAAAUAUCAUCGCCAACCAUGUCAGCCAAUAAUCAAUUGUGGCAGCAUAAAAAACAUGAAAUUGAUGAGCAAGCAUUUAAAAAAGCUGUUUUGAUGAUACAGAGUCACGAAAGAGCUAGAGUCGGUAGAAAAAUCGCUAUCAGGACCCGAAAACAGAAAGAAUAUAAUGAAAAAUUGAUGUCAGGAGAAAUUUCGCUUGAGAAAGAAAAAGAAAAUGAAAAAAAAAUUCACAAAGCUGUGGUGACUAUUCAAAAAUUAUGGCGAGGCUUUUAUGCCCGGAAACUUUUACGAGAGCGAGCGAAUCGGUUGGAAGAAUUAUUGGGAAUGGCUUCCAGUUCCAGAGAUGACCAAGUUCUGAAAAAGGAUGAGGACAACAUAAAACGACGGCUAGACUUACGAUCGCGAGCGUUAGCUGAUUUUGAGAUGAGGAAAAAUGAACAAAAGUCUCGAGUGUUUGAAAUAAAAAGCCCUGAGCUUAUGGAAGACAUUACUGACGAAAUUCGUGAAUGGUUUAGGCUUUGGUACAAUCAAGUUGGCCAUUUUGGAAUUUUUCCGCCGGCUUCUGAUGGAGGAUCGGUUUUGAUCGCUACCGAGCAGGUUCCAAGUCCGCAAGAAUUUUUAAGUCCACAGGAAAAAAGUGAUGACAAGAUAGAGUCCGGAGAUUGGGUAAUGCCGAAGUCAAAAGUUCUUGAUACUUUAGUUGAGUUAAAUCGACAGUAUUCAUAUGACUGGGAGUUACAAGAUGAUUUUAUGGGUGAUAUUUAUCAUGAAGUUCAAUUGGAAACCCGUGAAAUUGUUGAUGAUUCAAUGAGACUUGAACUGAAGCGUCUUAACAAAGCUUUGAUCAAAGAUCACAAAGACGAUAAAGUCAAAUUCAAAAUUCCCAAAGCCAAAGGCAAGCGCAAAAAACAAAAGAAAUCGAAAUCGCCGGAUGUUAGUAAAAUUCAAGAAAUGUUUGAUGAAUUAGUUGAAACAAAUAUAAUAAAAAAGUAUGAAAAUGUUAGAUUAGAUGAAUGGGUCAGCGACAUUUCUUACGGAGAAUCAAAGUUAAAAAAUAGUCUAGGUAACGUCAAACAAGCGGUUAUCGAUUACUGCAUUCUUCCGAUGCGAUCAAAACAAGUCCAUAAACUAGCGCCGUUAACUAAAUCAAUUUGCAUCGCCGGCUUACCGAGAUCAGGAAAAAAAUUACUCGCUAAUAUAAUCUGUACUGAAGCCGGCGCUACUUUGAUAGACUUAACACCUAGUAAUUUAGCCAAUUACCGAGAAAAGGUGACAGAAAAAAAAUUAAUAAAAAUGGUAAUAGCUGUGGCGAGAUUCUAUCCGUCAGCUGUAAUUAUUUUGAUCGAUGGCGGCGAUAAGCCCUGGUGGAAGAAAGUGCCACCGGUUGAAAAAGAUACAAAACCUAAAAGGCUCGCACGAUUGCUACCUAAAAUAAUAAAGUCUAUAAGCCCCGGGGAUCAGAUUCUCGUAUUGGGAAUUGCGCACGAGCCAUGGAAAUCAAAAAAACCUUUCUAUAAAUUCUACAAAAAAUUUAUAAUAAUACCGCCUACGGAUUACAAUUCUCUGUUUAUAUUUUAUCAGAAAAUUAUAUCAAAAUAUCACGGUUUAGAUAAAAAUCUCGAUAUUUCGUCGCUGGCAAGAGUAACAGUCGGGUAUCCACUGGGUGCCGUAAAAGAAGUUUUAGAAAAUAUUUUAAAUGUUAAACGCAGACUAAAUCUAAAAUCACGUCCGUUAAAAUGUGAAGAAAUUUUAAGUGAAUUAAUUAAUCAUGAUCCCACGCAAGUUGUAAAGCAAUUCAAAAAAUUUGAAAGUAAGGUCAAAAAAUAAAUAAAAAAUUGUAUUAAUUUUCCGAAUCGAUUGGUUUUUGUGAUAAAAAGACGGCCGAGCCAUUUUAGUAAUCAAGACCUUCAAUAGCGCAACAAGAUUUAACCCCUGAUACAAUGCCAGACCAGUUACUAUAUUAGUCCAGCAUCCACAAGCAAGUUUUUAAGUUGAUACAACUUAUAAGUAAACAUUCCCUUGAUCAAACCCUUACCUCUAC